AUGGGUUAUCUAUUGCUUAUGUCCCUAGGUUUACUGUCGCUUGCGUCCAUUGGUUAUGUGGCUCCUGCUGCCAUUGAUGUUCGGUCUGUUGUGUCCAUUGGUUGUCUGGAUGAUGCUGUCAUUGAUGUUCGGUGUGUUGUGCCCAUUGGUUGUCUGAUUGUUGCUGCCAUUGUUGUUCGGUAUGUUGCGUCCAUUGGUUCUCUGGCUCAUGCUGCCAUUGGUUUUCGGUCGCUUGCGUCAGUUCCUUUUCUGUCACUUUUGUCCCACUUCCUGACUCCCUAA